UUUGUGGUCCAGAGCUCAAGCACGCUGCACCUCCCCAUUACUCCUCUCAUAAACAUGGCUGAACUGAACACGGACGGUGAACUAUAGGACUGAAGGGGUCUGCUGCAGCAGCACAACAGUACUCACACACUCUCUCUGAUUCAGACGAGAAGACUGAACAUGACGUGAACGUUUACAGCGGGAAGCUAAAGCAGCAAAACUUUGAGCGUGACAGCCGCUAACGACGAGACUUCAGCGGGACAGACCACAUCCAGCUGAGAUACUACUGCAUGCAAAGCACAGACUAAAUACUGCCUUUGCAUUCAUGGAAACUAUGCUUUUAAACACAUCGUCUACUGAAGAAACCCUGGAUUUAAUGCUUUGAAGUAGCCCGAAACCGCUUUAAGAGUUUAAGGCUGCUCUUAUAUGCACUUACAGUUCGCAUUUUUGUCAUAUCUUCCCGCUUAAACGAUGUUCUCCGGUAAACAAACGAAGCCGACUUUUAAGUCUUAUCUUCCUCCACUUCAGACUGAUUUGAAGAAAAGUCCUCAACUGCCCAUCAAGAAACUAGAAGCGAAACUUUUACCAGGUGAAAUAGUUGUGAACGAGGCGAACUUUGUAAGGAAGUGCAUUGGAGCAGAAAGCUGUCAGGAUGACCUCUGGGGCAAACUCGUGUGUACUAACUUCAAAGUUUCCUUCAUUGCCCAUAAUUCCCUGGCACAACAGAGAUUCCAGUGCACCCACCGCCUUUUGGGUGAGCACGAUAUCCCGCUGGCCUGUGUGGAGCAGGUAGUAACAGUGAAUGAUGUUAAGGGGAAACAGAAGAUUUUAGGUUCCAAUCAGAAGCUGAAAUUUAACCCUACAGAGCUUAUCCUCUACUGCAAAGACUUCCGCAUCAUCCGAUUCCGCUUCGAUGAAGCUGGACCCGAGAGUGCUAAAAAGGUUUGUCUGGCCAUCGCUCAUUACUCCCAUCCUGCUGACCCACAGCUACUCUUUGGCUUUGAAUACGUAGGAAAACGAUAUCAUGGAUCAACAGGUGAGCGGGUGAACGGUGUUGACCCUGGCGGGGGGCUACAGACCCCCCUGUUCGACUGCUCCUCAGACUGGGACAGAGAGAUCAAGCGUACUGGUGCCUCCGAAUGGAGGGUGUGUACCGUAAAUCAAGGCUAUUUCAUCUCGCCCAGUCUCCCAGAGUUCUUUGUGGUUCCGGUAUCUCUAGCCGAUCAGGAUCUGAAGCAAUACGCCUGCUGCUUUUACUCCCAGCGCAUCCCGUUGUGGUGCUGGAAUCACUCCAGUGGGAGCGCUCUGGUCCGCAUGUCUAACAUCAGUGACCCACAGCAGCAGAGGAAGGUGGAGCAGCGGAUUUCCAGUGCCAUCACUAAGAGCCACCCCCUCCGCAGUGAUGUCUUCAAGUCAGAUUUGGACAAAAACCUCCCAAACAUCCAGGAUAUUCAGACUGCUCUACUGAAACUGAGGCAGAUUUGUGUUAUAGAUUCCUUUGAGGAGUCUGAAGAGAAGUGGCUGUCAUCCUUAGAGAGCUCAAGAUGGAUGGAGUAUGUCAGGACAUUUCUGCGGCAUGCAGUAGAGGUAGUCUAUAUGCUGGAGAGCAGACAUGUGUCUGUCAUACUUCUAGAGAAAGAGGAUCGGGACCUGAGUUGUGUGAUUUCCUGUCUGGUGCAGCUGAUGUGUGAUCCUCACUGCAGGAGUCUGCACGGCUUCCAGGGUCUGAUCCAGAAGGAAUGGGUGAUGGCUGGGCAUCGGUUCCUCGACCGCUGCAACCAUCUGAAGAAGAACGACAAAGAGGAGUCUCCUGUGUUCUUGCUGUUCCUGGACUGUGUGUGGCAGCUGUGGAAUCAGUACCCAGCAGCCUUUGAGUUCACUGAGGUGUACCUGACAGUGCUGGGGGACAGUUUGUGGGUCCCCGUCUUCAGCACCUUCCUCUUUAACUGCCCCCGACAAAGAGCAGAGCACAGCAGGGAUUUCGCAAGCAGUAAGAGUAUUCACCUGGGGCAGGACCAGGCUCUGUGCUUUCCUCCGGUGUGGGACUGGUCUCAACAGUUCAGUCUUAAAGACCAGACUCUCUUUAAUAAUCCCCUGUACGUGGGCAAGAUCGCCACCUGUGUGCAGAACGGCACAGUGAAGACAUUCACACACAGACGCAGCAAGAAAAACUACAGCUCCACAUUGCGGGGUCUGCCCUCUGCUUUGCGAAACGGCUCGCUCGGACCGAACGACACCCUGUCACGCCGGAACUCCCUCGUGUUGCGUCUCCGUUCUGAUUUGUCUCAGGUGCGGGAGCAGCAGGAGACGCCAUCGGAACGCUUCGUUCGGGACUUCUUCUCUCGUCCUGUCGACCUACAGGGCCUGCUGCUCCCCCAGCUCCUCCCAUCUCACCUCUCUGUUUGGAAGCUCUACUUCCUGCGCUGGGUUCCCGAGGCACAGAUUCCUCAGGGCGGCCCCAUCACCGCCUUCCACAAGCUCUCGGUGCUCACAGACGAGAUUGAAAUGCUCCAGAACCAGCUGAGGCAGUACCAAGGAGCAGCAGGUACUCCUAACAACCUGCACACGGAGCACAGCAAAAUGUACUUCAAGGCGACUUCGACCCCUCACCAGCCCCCUGCUCCUCCAGAGUACCUCAGCUCUUCAUUCCCUUUCUCUCCUGUGGGCAACCUGUGUCGCCCCGGCGUCCUGGGGACUCCUCUCAGCAAGCUCCUCAACGGAGCCAAGAUCUGGCUCUCUACGGAGACAUUGGCUAAUGAGACGAUUUGAGGGCAGAGCGCUGGGAUAGCACUGUGAGGUCACACAAACAGGAAGAUCUUGUAUUAUUGAGGUCUCAUUUGGAAUGUGCAGGCUUGUGGUACUGAGAGUUACCUGGACAUCAGUCUGUUGAGCGUUGACAGUCAAUGAGGGGUUGUUUUUGCACAUGAUUGAAUAUAAAGCUCCAGUCGCACAUUUUUCUGACUUAGGAUUGUUUGGAUCGGUUGUACACUGCCUGUGUGGACUUUUUUUUUUCUUGUGUUGAAAUAUUUGAAAUAUUUUUUUUGUGGAGCUUGUGGCAUUAGUAGGAAAGGAAGUAGAACUGGUAACACUUUAUAUUAAGGUUCAGUUUGUUAACAUUAGGUAAUGCAUUAGGGAUCAUGAACUAACAAUAAACUGUUUUUACCUCUAAUAUACAAUUUCCAUGUGAAUACACAUGCUACCGUUCAGAGUUUUAGGGUCAGUAAGUUUUCUAUUUUAAUGUUUACUCUUAUGACAGCAGAGGUGAAUUUUCAACAGUCAUUACUUUAGUUGUCAGUAUCACAUCAUCCUUCAGAAAUCCUUCUGAUAUGCUGAUUUGAUUCUCAAAAAGCAUUUUUUUUUUUUUUAUUAUCGGUUAUUCAUGAUGCAUUUACUAAUAUUCAUUUAUAAAAAACUUAAAAAUGACAGUAUAUGUAGAAAUAACAUUAACCUGGUUCUUGAUACCUAAUGCAUUAAUUGAUGAGCCAAAUUAAACUUUAUUAUAUGUGACCAUGGACCACAAAACCAGGUUUAUACAUCGCUGGAAGCUGAAUAAAUAAACUUUCCAUUGAUGUAUAGGACAAUAUUUGGUCAAGAUACAAUUAUUUGAAACUCUAGAAUCUGAGGGUGCAAAGAAAUGUAAAUACUGAGAAAAUCGCCUUCAAAGUUGUCCAAAUGAAGUUCUUAGCAAUGCAUAUUACUAAUCAAAAAUUACGUUUUGAUAUAUUUAUGGUAGGCAAUUUACAAAAUAUCUUCAUGGAACAUGAUCUUUACUUAAUAUCCUAAUGAUUUUUGGCAUAAAGGAAAAAUCAACCAUUUUUACUAAAUUUUUUCUUUUUUUUUUGUGCUCCAGGCUCACAUAUAGUGUUUUUGUAGAACUAUAUAACUUAAAUCUAUGGUAUAAAAUGUGCAUAUAUUUUAUCUUUUAAUCCUAAAAUAGUUUAAGAUUUCUAGAAUCCUUCUGGUAAGGUCUAACCAUAGUUAGCUGUAUUAAAAUCAUUAACCAAAAUUGUGAAACUUGAUAUAGGAAUUGACGGGGUUUAUCAGUGUAAACCCAAUAACUGUGCACAUCUGGGUGCCUCUCCGGCUGGCUGGAUUCCGGUCUGUGAGACCCGUCUCUUUCUAAAGCACAGAUUGACUGUUUGGAGGUGACCGAAGAUGCUCAAGCCAGUCAGCAGGUUGAUUUGACUUGAAUUGCAGUCAGUGUCUCAAACAGUAUCUGAGUGUCAGAUUAGACGUUAUCAUUUGAGAAAGUUGUGCUAAUGCACCUGUGAACUUUUGCUUUUAUUUAGAGUUACUUUACUAGUGUGACAGUGAUGUCUUGGUUUGAUAUGGAGCCUUUUUAAUUACUUGGGGAUUGUAUUUUUAUUUUAGUUUUUCUUCCAAUUUAUAUGCUUUUACUUGUUUUUCCUAGAACUGGUACUUACCCUUUUCCCUUGAUACCCUUUAACUAGUCUGAAGUAAUGCACCGUAUGUGUGUAGUUUACCACUAAUGCUGUCUGGAGUAUGAAAACUGUGUUUUUUUUUUUUUUUUCUAAUGGCACAGUUUGAUUUAUCAAACAGCACUGCUAUUUAUUCAGUUAUUCAAAGAAACUAAAACAAGGAUAUUGUACAGAUCCUCUGUGCCUUGUUGUGGGCCCUGAUUGCAGUGUACCGGUUAAAUGUUUUUCACCCUGGAUAUUAAAAAUCUACACAACACAACACAUUACUUUUCCCUCUGGUGUGUGAAUGGAACAACUCUGAUUAUUUCCAAAGCUUGGUGUGGAAGUUGUUUAGAUAUCAUUGGUUGGAAAGUUGUGUCUGUGUAGAGUCAGAAAAGGAUCUUAAUUUUAGUUUUUGUUUGUGAGCUUAGGGGGAGCCUUGUGAGGCAAUAUGCAGUUUGGCUCUUCAGAUUUUCUUGCAAAUAAAGAGAAUUGCCACCUUUGAAUGGAAA